AGCAAGUUGGUGAUCCGUGCGGGCUCUGGAAGGGCGGACUUCGCCUGCUUCUGCCACUCGGCCGCCGGGCGGCUCUUUGUCCGUCAAGUGUCUGACGAAGAGUUCUUGAGCGGGCGUUUUAUCGCCAUGCCGGCCAACCGCGUCGCAGCCGUCCAAGGAGCGGGGGAGACGGAGUUCAGGGGCUAGCGAUCGCGGCGCGCUCCGGGCAGGGCUGCCUGGUCAGGAGGAGGAGGGGGGGCGUUAGCGGGGAUGUUACGGAAGAGCAGCGGCGGAGGCGGCGGCGGCGGUGGAGGAGGUGGAGGGAUUAAACGCACCCAGGGUCUGCCGCGCCACCUUUCCAACCCCCACACAGGAUCUCUAUCGGCGGGCUCCACCAAGACCUGGGACAUGGGCCGCAGCUGUAGAACUGCCAACCAUCUGAAAAGCAUCGGGCUGGAGUCUGACUUCGUGGACGCCCCGGGUCUGGACCCGGACUACGUCAUGCAGAUGGUCAACGACGUACGGAAGGUCGCCGACGUGCUGCUCAGCCUCAAGGAAGCGUUCCAGACCAAAGAGAGCCAGGAGGGUCUUCAACAGUUGGUCCAGCAGCGUUUGGGGGAACUGCUCCAGGUCCUCAAGGCUGUCAUCGGAAAACACCAGACCCUCAACUCCGUGGACAUCCUGGGAGCUGCUGGCACGGUCAUUGCUAAGGUCAAAGCCGUUAACUUCAAGGAAGUGAGUCCAGAAUACAAAACGGCUACAUUUGGCGAGAUAUAUGCGUCCAUUGACACUUUGGCAUUCACAUUCGGCAAUGUAGUUUCUGACUUCCUUAUGGGAGAUGUGGACAGCGGCUCAGGGUUGGGGAUCCCCCAGACCAGGAGAAGCAGGUCUUUUGACAAUCUCUCUGUGGAUCCUGGAAGAUAUGCCUCAGAGAAAAGUGACCUUGUGGAGGUGGCGCUGUCGCGGGAGGAGGAGGUGGACCUGUGCCUGCUGAAGAAUGAUGGCGGAGUGGAAUCUGCGCUGCUGUAUGCCAAGGCCUGGUCCAAGUAUGCCAAAGACCUUCUCGCCUGGAUGGAGAAACGAUUGGCCAUGGAUAUGGAGUACGCUAAAGGUCAUGCCAAAAUGGCCGAGUCAGCAAAGGCCCUAGCGAGUCAGCAGGACUACAUGCCGUUUAGUGACAUCUACGUCUCCGCGUUCAAGAACGACAUUGAAUACAGCCAGCUGGUUAUUCAGACGGCCAUGGCUCUCCAAACCAAUAAAUUCAUACAGCCCCUGCAGGCCCGCAGGACUGAACUGGACAAGCUGAGGAAGGAGAUCAAGGAGCAGUGGCAAAGGGAGCAAAAGAAAAUGCACGAGGCGGAUGUCAGUUUGCGCAAGGCGCGAGCGCUGCAGGCCCAGCGGAGAGAGGAGUACCAGAAGGCCCACUCGUCCACCAGCCGCUCCCAGGAGGAGCAGCCUAAUGCUGGGAACAAACAGCUGGAGAAGAAGAAGAGGCUGGAGGAGGAGGCCCUGCAGAAGGCGGAAGAAGCCCAGGACCAGUACCGAAGCUGUGUAGCUGAUGCAAGCGCCAGGAAAAUGGACCUGGCCGACGCCAAGAGCACCAUACUCACCCAUAUCCGAGAGCUGGUGUUCCAGUGUGACCUCACACUCAAAGCUGUGACGGUGAACUGGUUUCAGAUGCAGCAAGCCCAGACCUUGUCCCUCCCUGCCCACUACCAGGCGCUGAGUGAGAGCGCCAAGCUGUACGAGCCAGGCGAACGCUACGCCGAGUUUGUCCGCAACCUGCCCAAAGACCUGCCUAAAGAGCGCAUACACUCGGACUCCAUCUCCUCUGACAACCUUAGGUUUGUAUUCAACAAAAGGUCGGUCGGCAGCACCCACUCCUCUCAUGGUAAUUUGUCGCAGGGGUCCGUCACUUCCUAUGACGUGCUGAGCGGAGACGAGGUGGACAGUCCGCUCCACUCCCAGCCUGGGAAGAAUGGUGAGGAGAUGUCCAACAGCACUACAGACAUACAAGCACUGAGAGGCCAGGCCACGCUGCGAGCCUGGGCCUCAGGUAGUCAGGGCAGCCAGGGGGGGAUGUGCAGUGACUCGGAGAGCGCUGGAGGCAGCAGUGAGUCCCGCUCCAUGGACUCCCCCACUGCCAGCCCAGGCGAUUUCAAACGUCGGCUGCCUCGAACCCCUUCCACCGGCACCAUGUCCUCUGCUGACGACCUGGACGAGAGAGAGCCACCAUCUCCCUCCGACAACGGUCUAGCAGAGAUGGUGACAGAGACGGCCAGUUCUCCUGGUCCUUUCCGCAAUGCCCAGAUGUCCAAGGCUGCCCAAACCCACAAGCUGAGGAAGCUGCGGGCCCCGUCGAAGUGCAGGGAGUGUGACAGUCUGGUGGUGUUCCAUGGUGCCGAGUGUGAGGAGUGUUCGCUGGCUUGCCAUAAGAAGUGUCUGGAGACAUUGGCCAUCCAGUGUGGCCAUAAGAAGCUCCAGGGCCGACUACAUUUGUUCGGUAUCGACUUUGCCCAGGCUGCGAAGAACAGCCCGGAUGGAGUUCCUUUCAUCAUCAAGAAGUGCACUUCUGAGAUCGAGAGCAGAGCGCUCAACAUCAAGGGUAUUUACCGUGUGAAUGGUGCCAAGUCGCGUGUGGAGAAGCUGUGUCAGGCUUUCGAGAACGGCAAGGAACUGGUGGAGCUGUCUGACCUCUCACCUCAUGACAUCAGCAAUGUCCUCAAGCUUUACCUGAGACAGCUGCCAGAGCCUCUGAUCCUCUAUCGAUACUACAACGACUAUAUUGGCAUGGCCAAGGAGUGCCAGAGAGUGUUGGUGGAGGAGGCUGACGCAGCCAGAAGAGCCCAGACAGAAGACAGGCAGGGGGGCCUCAGCAUUCAGCUCAACAGGGUGAUCUUCAAGAUCCGAGACCUGCUCCGGCAGCUUCCCCAGGCCCACUACAGGACCCUGCGCUUCCUCAUUGCUCACCUGAACAGAGUGACCGAGCAAGCGGAGGAAAACAAGAUGACGGCCAGCAACUUGGGCAUCAUCUUUGGCCCCACUCUGAUCAAGCCAAGGCAGGCGGAUGCUGAGGUGUCGCUGUCCUCCCUGGUGGACUAUCCGUACCAGGCCCUGAUGGUGGAGCUGCUGGUGCGCCACUUCCACAUGAUCUUUGACGUGUCCCCCCUGUCCCCCUCCGGCCUUUCCUCGUCUGUCCAUGCCUCCCCCAGGCUCACCCCCCAGGAGAAGGAGCAGAGGCUUAGCAGGCACUCCACUUCACUGUUGGACAUCAAGGAGAAUGCUAAAGUCUAUAAACGACACUCAUCAGUGAUUCCCUCCUCUCAUAUCCUGGAUGAGGUUCAGGAGGUCCAGCCAGGGACUGAUAGAAGAGCGCUUUCAGCUUUGGAUGGACUCAACGGGGUCCAAGCAUCUGAUGCUGUUGAUAUUCAGAGGUCAACGCUGGUGUUUGGUCGGCCCAGUCCCAAUGUCCCCUCCACCUCUGAGCCCCUGAAAGUGCAGCUACGCACACAGCGCUCCAGGCUCCUGUCUCGACCAAUCAGCAUGCCCCUGGAGCGACUGCCCACUCCUGCCCAGGUCAGCGAGAGGAAUAGUCGCAACGCUGCUAAUGCUGAUGCUAAUGCUAGCCCUAACCGGAGGGAUCCAACCCCAGACACAAUACAGGAGAUGGUUGAGCCAGAGAAAGCUCGCCCUGGUGGCUCAUCCAGGGUUAGCACCUACUUCAUUACGCCCUUCAUCGACACGCAGGCAAUGCAGAGGAGGACUUGGGACAGGAAGUACAAGCACUACGAUGUCACUCCCAGGACAGCCAUGAUAGUUGCCAACCUGCCACCAGCCGGCUCCGGAUUACAACCGGUAAAACCUUUGACACCGGCUACUGCUGGAUCAGCGCUGGUGUCUGCUCCAUCUGGGAUCACUACCACUAGUAGUGUUAGUACUAUCUUCCCCAACAACCCUUAUACGGUGUCAGUAAAACCUGUUUGGACGUCCAAAAAGGAGACUGACACAAAUAACCCAGUCAGUGAACUUGUUUGUUCCUCAAACCUCCCAAUUACAUUCAGGCAGCCUAGGACUUUGCAGCCCCCACCCGGAACUUUCUACAAGCCCCCUGUCUCCACAGGCAGCAGGGCCAGGACACUUCCCAGUUGGACCACUACCAUCACCUCCAUCACCACCACCACAAACACAACCUCUUCUCAGGCCCCUACCAACACCACCCAGACAGUCACCGCCUCCCCUACCCACAUCAGCCCCCCACAGACAAUGCUCCAGGCACAGGACUCCGAAGAUAGCUCUGGUGAACCUAAGGUCACAACCUCAACCUCCACAACCCUGUCACCCCCCCAGUCCCCGCCCCCAAGCAGUCCAGAUGACCUGAGCCCCAGCGACGCAAAACCCGUCUACCAAAGACUGCGUCCUCGGCGGCUACAGGAGCUCGAACACAGAGAAGCCCACUUUGUCUGAACAUAACAAAGCCAAAAACCUUUCCUUAUGUUGUAAGUAUGCGUGUAUCUGUGCCAUAGUGUAUAUUCAAAGAAAACACAUAUAUGUUUGUUUGUUUGUUUGUUUUUAAUUGGAGAAGGCCAGUGUGAGAGAGUUUAGGCCUGUGAAAAUGAACCAUAAAAGUGUUACAUAUGCUAAUAUAUUCUCUGUUACAUGUCAGAGUCAAAGCUGUCGGUCUCCCAAGGGUUUGAAACACGCAUGUGGUGAAAAUGAGAAGCCAGCGUGCUCGGUCGGAAGUGUUUUGAGUCACAGAUUCUUUGCCAGUUUCUUUAUUUUAAAGAACGUUUUGCCAGCCACAGGAUUGACUCGUCUGUAAAGAGGGAUUGUAAGCCUUAUCUUUUUGUUGUUGUUUCAGUUAUACAGUUAUUAAGUACAUGUACAGUAAUUGAUUUGUCAUGAAAUAUUUUAUUUUAACUACACAAUGCACUUAACUCAAUUCAGGUUCAAAUUCCAAUGUUACCGUUUAAUGUUAAACUCUGUUUAGAAGGUAUGGUGUUGUGCCCCCCCAGCAAAGUGUUUUUUAACAUGGGGUAUUUUUAUCACGAGGGGAUGCACUGUAUAAUACAUGCAAGGAAAUACUGCCAGUGAGUCCAGGCAACUAAGGGCUUGGUGAAUUUGCAUUCAGUCGAUUUUGGUGGUGUGUCCACUGGAGGCCUGUUUUGCGAUGUUUUCUAUGGAAGGGUCGUGCUGUGAGCGCUCUCGACACGAUGAGGGCACCCGAUCUCUUUUUGGAGCCUAGCCGUGUGAGACCGCCACCUCCUUUCCAAGUUUAAACUACUUUGGUGGCGUCUGGGUGGCAUGGCGGUCUAUUCCGUUGCCUACCAACACGGGGAUGGCUGGUUCAAAUCCCCGUGUUGCCAUCCGGCUCGGUCAGGCGUCCCUGCAGACACAAUUGGCCGUGUCUGCAGGUGGGAAACCGCAUGUGGGUAUGUGUCCUGGUCGCUGCACUAGCGCCCCCUCUGGUUGGUUGGUUGGGGCGCCUGUUCGGGGAGGAGGGGGAACUGGGGGUGAAUAGCGUGAUCCUCCCAUACGCUACGUCCCCCUGGUGAAACUCCUCACUGUCAGGUGAAAAGUAGCGGCUGGCAACUCCAUGUGUAUCGGAGGAGGCAUGUGGUAGUCUGCAGCCCUCCCUGGAUCGGCAGAGGGGGUGGAACAGCGACCGGGACGGCUCAGAAAAUUGGGUAAUUGGCUGGGUACAACUGGGGAGAAAAAGGAGGAAAAAUCAACAACAAAAAAAAGUUUAAACUAGUUUAAUGUCACUCCAAGUUCCAGCAGCCAAUUAGAAUCAAGGAGGGGCGGGACCAGAGAGGAAACGAACGCUAGAUCUACUCUGUUGAAGAGAGGAGAAACAAAAACGCGGAACAAAAACAAAUUGUGUUGAUAGCUGACAACUGAUUUUUAUUUCGCAUUUUAUUUGCAUAUUGGCACAACAUGAGAAGGAGUUUUUGUUUUUUUUAUGUCAGGAAACUUUAUUGCAGCAUCUCCUCCCAGUACCCCUCAGCCAGUUUGCACAUAACACUACCCAAACGCUCAUCUCAACCACGACCUCCUUUGAAAGAGGUCUCUGGUGGACAAACGACCUCGCUCAGUGUGUUCAGUAGGCACGAGGCUGUAAGGGAAGAAACUUGGCCGCCUCAAAAAUCACAAGAGCUCGCUUGAUGACACGCCAGCUGUUUUCUCCUCUGCAUUGCAUGGGACAGAAGGGGCUGCGGUUGGGGAGGGGGAGGGAGAAGGUGAAUGAUAGCCAACAGUGCCUAUAAAAAGUAAUCCCUCCCUUGGAUGUUUUUAUGUUUUAUUUUUUUACAACAUUAAACCACAGUGGAUUUCAUUUGGCUUUUUUUUUUUUUUUAAACAUGGAUCAACAGAGAGGCUUUCAUGUCGAAGUACAAACAGAUCUACACAACGUGAUCGAAAUCAAAUACAAGUACAAAACACAAAAUAAUUGGUUGUGUAAGUAUUCGCCCUCUUUUAAUGUGGCUCUCCUAAAUCAUGACUGGUGCAGCCAGUUGGUUUGGGUUGAAUGGAGCUCACCUGUGUGGAGCCAAGAUGUUUCAAGAGAUUGUAGUAUAAUCCAGUUACUGGUGAGUCAGUAUCCCGGCAAAGACUACACCGUGAAGACGAAACAUGAAAAUGUUAUUGAAAAGCAUAAGUCAGGGGAUGGAUACAAGGAAAUUUCCCAGUUACUGAACCUCCCUUGGAGUAUGUUUAGUCAACUAUUAAGAAAUGGAAAGAACAUAGUUUUUGAGGACAGGCUACUCUGGCCAGAUUUAUAGCUGAACCGAGUGACCGUGCAAGAAGGGGACAGGUGAGGGAGGCCAACAGACCCAUGACUCCUCUGAAGGAGGUACAGACUUCAGUGGCUGAGACGGGGGAGACGGUGCUGUGACUGGGUUCUUCACCAGUCGCAGCUGUAUGGUAGAGUGACGAAAAGAAAGCCGCUGUCGGGACAUCAAAUCUCAGCUAAAAGUUGCCCAAAGGCAUGUGGGAGACUCAGAAGUCAGCUGGAAGAAGGUCCUACGGUCUGAUGAGACCAAAAUUGAGCUUUUUGGCCAUCAGAUGAGAUGCUGUGUGUGGCAUAAAGCAAACUGCACAUAACCGCAAGCACAGCAUCCCCACCGUGGAGCACGGUGGUGGCGUGGCAGCGUCAUGCUGCGGGGGAUGUUUCUGCAGGAGGCCCGGGUAGGCUUCUAAAGGUAGAGGGUAAAAGGAAUGCAGCAAAAUACAGGGAAAUCCUGGAGGAACACCCGAUGCAGUCUGCAGCAGAACUGCAACUUGUGAGGAGAUUUGUUUCCCAGCAUGACACUGACCCCAAGCAUACAGCCAAAGCUGCACACAAAUGAUUUAAAAACAACAACGUUAAUGUCCUGGAGUCAGAGUCCAGACCGCAGUACAAAUGAGAAUAUUUGGCUGGACUUGAAAAGGGCUCUUGAUUCACGAUCACCAUGCAACCUGACAGAGCUCGGGCAGUUUAGAGCAAAGAAGAAUUGGGGGGGGGGGUGCAGGGUCCAGAUGUGCAAGGCUGAUAGAGACCUAUCCACACAGGCUCUCAAGGCUGCAAUUGCUGCCAAAUAUGCAGGCACUUAUGCAAUCAAUUACUUUGUGUUUAAUAACCGUAAUAAAUUUAGAUUAAUUUGUCGAAAUGUGUUUUCACUUUGAGAUGUAAGUCUUUUGCUGUUGAUCAGUGUCAGAAAAGCCAAAUUAAAUUCACUUUGAGUCAAUGUUGUAAAACAUGAAAACUUCCAAAGGGGGGUGGGGGUGAAUACUUUUAAAAAAAAUUCUUUUUACUUUUACCGCUAUAUCACUUGUUAAUAGUACUGGCGUCAACACAAUUAUUCACCAAAACAUCACAAAAAAGUUGCUAGUUUUGGGCGUCCGGGUGGCGUGGCGGCCUAUUCCGUUGCCUACCAACACAGGGAUCUUCGGUUCGAAUCCCCGAGUUACCUCCGGCUUGGUCGGGCGUCCCUACAGACACAAUUGGCCGCGUCUGCGGGAGGGAAGCCAGGUGUGGGUAUGUGUCCUGGUCGCUGCACUAGCGCCCCCUCUGGUCGGUCGGGGCGCCUGUUCAGGGGGGAACUGGGGGGGAAUAGCGUGAUCCUCCCACGUGCCACAUCCCCCUGGCGAAACUCCUCACUGUCAGGUGAAAAGAAGCGGCUGGCGACUCCACAUGCCUCGGAGGAGGCAUGUGUGGUAGUCUGCAGCCCUCCCCGGAUCGGCAAAGGAGGUGGAGCAGCGAUCGGGACGGCUCGGAAGAGUGGGGGUAAUUGGCCAGGUACAAUUGGGGAGGGGGGGGGAGUUGCAAGUUUUGUUCUCUAGUGACUUUUGAGGAGUGACGUCACUAACGGGGUAUGAAAAGUCGCUGAAUUGACGACAGCGAGCAGCUCACGGGCAGGCGAAUAAUAACACGUGACGUUUUUUCGUUUUCAGCCCUCUCAAGCCUCGCUGAACACGUUUAACCAUAGAGCCCGAUCAGCGUGUCAUUCCUUUGCACCCCUUCCUCCCCUCCCUCCCUCCCCCAUGGAGAUGAACUAGUUUACUGUGACCGCGAGGGCGAGCGCGCGACUCGCUGUCCGGGUCCACGACUUCCUUCUUUGCAUCUUAAAACGAGAAGUUCAACACUUUUUGCCUUUUUUUUUUUUUAAAUGUAAUCUUCUGAUUGGUACAUUUGUUUCAGUAUGUCCGCCUCAUGUAUCUGUUUACGUUUUGUAUUCAUGUGUAUUGUGUGUUUGUCACGGUAUCGUUUUUUUUUUCUCUUCUCUCUCGUCCUAUCAAAUUAUUGUGACGACACGGGAAAAGACGUGCAACACUUCUUGCUGCAAAUUAAACAUGUAGUUCAA